GGGAAAGAAAAGCAUUUCCUUAGCUUUUAUAAACUGAACUGUUUCAAAAGCCAUUAAUGCCAUUCCAUCUUCCCUCUCCUUUGGCCGCCUCCUCCUCCUCCUCCUCCUCUUCGGUUGCAGAGAAAAAGAAUGAGGCAGCUUUACACCCGAAAUGGAAGACUCAAACGCCUGCUCUCCGCCAUCCGAAUAAGGAGCAACGAACCAGAGUGCCGGGAGGAUGCCUCCGCCGCCGCCGCCCCUGUUCCUGAGGUGCUCGACGAGAAACCGCCGGUGAAACCGAGCUGGAGGUGCUUCUGCUACAAAGAAAUCCACAAGGCCACUGACGGUUUUCACAAAGAUAACCUGGUGGGCGUCGGUGGGCACGCGGAGGUGUAUCGGGGCGUGACGGUGGACGGGCAGGUGAUCGCCGUGAAGAGGCUGAUGAGGGCUUCGUCGGACGAGCAGAGGGAGAAGGAUUUCCUUACCGAGCUCGGCACCGUCGGCCACGUCCGCCACCCCAACGUCUCUGCCCUCCUCGGCUGCUGCAUCGACCGCGACCUCCACUUGAUCUUCGAGUUCUCUUCUCGCGGCUCUGUCUCCUCCAAUCUCCACGAUGAGAAUUCACCGCCUAUGGCUUGGAAACUUAGGCACGACAUAGCGUUGGGCACCGCCAGGGGACUCCAUUACCUGCACAAGCAAUGCCAGAGGAGGAUCAUCCACAGGGACAUCAAGACCUCCAACAUCCUCCUCACUGCAAACUUCGAAGCCCAGAUUUCAGAUUUCGGCCUCGCCAAGUGGCUCCCAUCCCAGUGGACUUACCGCGCCGUCGGACCAAUCGAAGGGACUUUCGGAUGCUUGGCGCCGGAGUACUUCAUGCACGGCAUCGUGGACGAGAAGACCGACGUCUUCUCAUUUGGUGUUUUCCUGUUGGAGAUCAUAUCGGGAAGGAAACCUGUCGAUGGUUCUCACAAAAGCUUGCUCAGCUGGGCGAGGCCUCUUCUGAAUGAUGAGUCCGCAAUUCAAAUGCUGGUCGAUCCGAGAUUAGGAAGUGAUUACGACAUGGGGCAGCUUAAAAGGCUCACCUUUUCGGCCUGUCUUUGUAUCAGAGCCACUGCAGCUUUGCGACCUUCAAUGACUGAGGUAAUGGAGAUCCUGGAAGGCGGUGAGAUUUCACAAGAUCGAUGGAAUGUGCCUGAGGAGGAAGAGGAAGAGGCAUUUUGGGUCUUCGAUGAUCUCGACGAUGAUGACAGUGAUGAUGGUAAUUGCAGUACUCCAUCAGUGUAAAGUUCCCAAAACCAAUUUUAGUAGCACAUUUGCAGAGCAUUAGUACUGAUGCAUAUAACCGUAGUUAGUAAGGUUGGCAUUUGUGAGGCUGAUGAUGCAAUAUCUUAAAGUGGUAGGUCAAGGGCUUCACCCCUAAAUUCAUAUCUGACUGCUGUAGAGAUAGGGACAUUGAGGAAGAACAGUUGUUAGAUUUGGCCAACUUUGAGCCAACUGGAAUAGGAUUUUUUUUUCUCUCUUUUGAAUAGGAAAAUGGAGCAGUUCUGAGCAGGUGGCAGGUUGUCUUGACCUGAAA